AGACAGGACGGACGUGUAACCAAAAUGAUAAAACAUUAAAUAAAUUAAAUUUAUUAAAUACAAUAUCAGAUUAAUCAUAUUGCCGCAGAGCUAUAAGAAAAAUAAGUCAAAUGACCCUAUUUUUAAACAGACAUUUUGCGACACUCCAUGAACACAGCCGCAACCGGGGUGACGUCAGCAGUUGUUGUGCUGUUUGACGUAAACUUCCUGCCGCAGCUGUGGUCACUGACUUGGAUGCUGCGGUUCACUCCGUAACAUGGAUAAAAACCUCUUGAUAUUCACACGACGUUGAUGACGUCAAGUUAAUUUAAUAGGUGAACGGUUUUUUUUCUUUUCAGGUCAAACCGCGCUCUUGUUGCGCGAAGCGUUCGUGAGUGACGUAUAUCUGUUAUUGUUGUUAGCAGCAAGCUAACGCUAGCGUCGAUCUCGAUCGCAGACAUGAUGGCGUCCGUCUACAACGCCAAAGACGAGGACGGACACAUAAGUGUCAGUGGACCCAGCGGCGGCUCGGCUGCAGCCAUGCGGGGAAAGAGGCCCGAGAACACCGCGUUCAAGCAGCAGAGGCUCCCGGCCUGGCAGCCCAUCCUGACCGCAGGCACCGUCCUGCCCGCCUUCUUCAUCAUCGGCCUCAUCUUCAUCCCCAUCGGCAUCGGCCUGUACGUCACCUCCAACAACAUCAAGGAGUUCGAGAUCGAUUACACAGGAGUGGACAUGUCCAGUCCCUGCUUCAACUGUUCCCAGAACCUCAGCUGGAACAGCUCCAGACCCUGCACCUGCUCCAUCCCCUUCCACCUGGACCAGCCGUAUGAGAACAACGUCUUCAUGUACUACGGCCUCUCCAACUUCUACCAGAAUCACCGUCGAUACGUCAAGUCCAGAGACGACAGCCAGCUGAACGGAGACUUGGACGCCCUCACGAAACCCAGUAAGGAGUGUGAACCGUACGCCUAUCAUGAAAACAAACCAAUUGCACCAUGUGGCGCCAUCGCUAACAGCAUGUUCAACGACACAUUGGAGAUUUUCUAUCACGACCCCAACGGUACCAGGGUUCCAGUUCCUCUGACGUCCACAGGAAUCGCCUGGUGGGCGGACAAACAUGUAAAGUUCAGGAACCCGAGUGAAAACCUGAACCUAACAGCAGCGUUUCAAGGAACCACCAAACCUGUGAACUGGCGCCGACCCGUCUACGAGAUGGACAGUGACCCUCACAACAACGGUUUCAUCAAUGAGGAUUUCAUCGUGUGGAUGCGCACGGCCGCUCUGCCGACCUUCCGUAAACUCUAUCGCAUCAUCAGCAAAAAGGACAACAUGGUUCCUACGCUGCAGCGUGGAAACUACACCCUGGAGGUGGUCUACAAUUAUCCGGUCCGCAGCUUUGACGGUAGGAAGCGGAUGAUCUUGAGCACCAUCUCCUGGAUGGGAGGAAAGAACCCCUUCCUGGGCAUCGCCUACAUCACCGUGGGCUCCGUCUGCUUCUUCCUUGGCGUGGUGCUGCUCAUCAUCCACCACAAAUAUGGCAACCGCAACAACAGCGCCAACAACUCCAACUGAGACGCUGCUGCUGCUGCUGCUGCUGCUGCUGCUGCUGACACUCAUCAGCCCUGGUCCUGUUGUUAAUCCAUAAUCCUAUCCUAGUCUUAAUCCUGAUCCUAGUUGUAAUCCUAAUUCUAAUUCUAAACUCAAUCCUAGUACUAAACCGACUCCUGAUCCUAGCUCUACACAUUAUUCUGAUCCUGGAACCUAAUCCUAAUCCCGGUCCUGAUCCCGGUCCUGAUCCUGGAUCUAAAGGCCUGGUGGUUUGGUGUCGGGGGUCUACGUAGACUGGACAUGAGCCUCAACACGUCAACAUGAGGUUCUGCUGGACUGAUGGAGCCACGUCUUUCCUCCACUCACAUGCAUGUUGGGACCUGGGUGUUUUCUCCCCUGUCGUCACCGCUGUCAUGACGUCGCUUCAAACCAAAAUUCCAUUUCCUGCUCCUCAAGUUUUCAGUCGGUCAGUGACCUUUGAACUCUGGCUGUUUUUGGUUAUUUGUUAUUGUUUGGCCUCAGAGAGGUUUUUAAGUUGAAAUCUAAAGCUUGUAAACAAGUGCUGCCCCUUGUGGGCAGUUGGUCCACUGCCAGUUAUGUGCAAUAGAAAUGUAGUUGUUAUGUCUGAAGAACAACAACGAGAACGUGAAGAUGUUUUAUUUCUGUUUAAUUUAUUGACUUUUAUAAUGUUUUUGUGUUGUGGCUUAAAGUGCAUUAAAACCUGGUUGAACGUUA